AGGCUGGCGUUGGCAGCCAGUCUCCCUCGCGCGCCUCUGCCGUCCCCAUCUCCCUCUUUUCUCCCACGGCCCAUCUGCCCCUCCUUCCCUCCACCCCCUCUCCUCGCUGCUCCCCUUUAUUUCCACUCCUCGCCCUCGCGCUGCGCUCGCCCUCCCCCUCGGCUGCGCUCGUCUGUAUUUGGAGCUCCCGGAAGCCGGCGACUCUCCCCGGGAGCAGCGUGACCGACUCCCAUUCAGGGGGGAGGAGGCAGCGGGAGGAGCAGGGGAGGGCCGGCGGGCGGAGGGUGCCGGUGGCCGCGCACGGCUUGGCAUCGCGAGGACCGGACCCCGGGGCGCCGGAGCAGAAUGGAAGACAUGCAGGGCCUGGUGGAGAGACUGGAGCGAGCCGUCUGCCGGCUGGAGCAGCUGUCUGCAGAGUCACACAAGCCUCCUGGGAACUGUGGGGAGGUGAACGGCGUCCAUGGAGGUGUGGCGCCCUCCGUGGAAGCCUUUGAUAAGCUGAUGGACAGCGUGGUGGCUGAGUUCUUAAAGAACAGCAGGAUCCUUGCCGGUGACGUGGACACUCACGCGGAAAUGGUGCACGGUGCCUUCCAGGCCCAGCGGGCGUUCCUUCUGAUGGCCUCGCAGUACCAACAACCCCAGGAGAACGAGGUGGCUGCACUUCUGAAACCCAUAUCGGAAAAGAUUCAGGAAAUCCAGACCUUCAGAGAGAGAAACCGAGGGAGCAGCAUGUUCAACCAUCUCUCGGCCGUCAGCGAGAGCAUCCCUGCCCUGGGGUGGAUAGCUGUGUCCCCCAAACCUGGUCCUUAUGUCAAGGAGAUGAACGAUGCUGCCACCUUUUACACUAACAGGGUCUUAAAGGACUACAAACACAGUGACUUACGGCACGUGGAUUGGGUGAAGUCCUACCUGAACAUCUGGAGUGAGCUUCAAGCCUACAUCAAGGAGCACCACACCACAGGCCUCACCUGGAGCUCGACAGGUCCUGUAGCGACCACGGCAUCAGCGUUUUCUGUCCUCUCUUCUGGGCCUGGCCUCCCGCCACCUCCUCCUCCACCGCCUCCCCCAGGACCACCUCCACUUUUUGAGAACGAAAGCAGAAAAGAGGAGUCCUCUCCUUCUCGUUCGGCUUUGUUUGCCCAGCUUAACCAGGGAGAAGCCAUCACCAAAGGGCUCCGGCAUGUCACAGACGACCAGAAGACAUACAAGAAUCCCAGCCUGCGGGCCCAAGGACAAGUGCGAUCUCCAACCAAAUCCCACACUCCAAGUCCCACGUCUCCCAAAUCCUCUUCUCCCCAGAAACAUGCUCCAGUGUUCGAGUUGGAAGGAAAGAAGUGGAGGGUGGAGUAUCAAGAGGACAGGAAUGACCUCGUGAUCUCAGAGACUGAACUGAAACAAGUGGCUUACGUUUUCAAAUGUGACAAAUCGACACUCCAGAUAAAUGGGAAAAUAAAUUCCAUUACCAUUGAUAACUGUAAGAAGUUUGGCCUGGUGUUUGACAAUGUGGUGGGGAUCGUGGAAGUGAUCAACUCCAAGGACAUUCAGAUCCAGGUAAUGGGGAGAGUGCCAACAAUUUCCAUUAACAAGACAGAAGGCUGCCACGUGUACCUCAGUGAAGACGCCUUGGACUGUGAGCUGGUGAGCGCCAAGUCUUCCGAAAUGAAUGUCCUUGUCCCUCAGGAUGGUGAUUAUAGAGAAUUUCCUGUUCCUGAGCAGUUCAAGACAGUAUGGGAUGGAUCCAAGCUGGUCACUGAACCUGCAGAAAUUAUGGCCUAA